UCUGUGUGUGCUUCAUGUCAUGUCAUUAAACUGACAAUCAAACUACACAAAAAUGGCUGAUAUUACGUCACAUUUAUAGGCAUACCCUAAACGCUGAUCGUAAAGUUUUGAACAGACAAUUGCUGACCACGUGUUAAGACUGCUUGACCUUCAUAACAACAGUCGUAAAGACGUUAUCAGCGACAGUUUGUACUGGAGAUUGUACAAUGAUGUCGAUGGAAUCUGCUUCCCUGUGUAUUGCUGUGCCGGGCGUUUACGAUACCCUGUCACCAACGACUUGAGCAGGUCAUUAGGCCCAGGCGGAUACCGGGGUAUGUGGAUUAUGAAAUAUUAUACUUUUAAACCUGUGUCGAGGUCCAACACACCUGUCUGGAAUAGGAAACGUUGUUCCUGUCGUUGAUGAUGAUGUUUACCUUCGAUGUCGUGGACGCAAGUAGACCAGGCAAACUCAAAUGAAAGUAAAGAUGAUUCGGGAGGCAAAAUCCUUGUUGGUUGUCCGACCAUAUAAAGCAUGCUUCAGGACGAAAUAUACUCUAACCAUGAUCGCAAUCACAAGACGUGGGGGCCGAGUGUUAAAACAUUACCUCAUCCUCAUCACCAGACGCUGGAUCCAAGUGCUUUUCUUCAUAUUAAUAACGAUGUAUCUGUUGUCGUGGACGUACCCAGGCAGAUCAUAUUACUAUCGCCGGGAGCGGCAGGUGAACAAACUGCAGUACAAGUUCAUCACGUCCCCCGAAAACGUGUGUGUCGGAACCAACAACCCAUCUUUACUCAUCUUCGUCCUGUCAACGGCACAGGCAUAUGCUAAAAGACAAGCCAUCAGGGACACCUGGGGGAGUGUGUCCAGAAGUGGACGGUGGCCAGCCAGACUCAUACCCACCACUGUAAAGGUGGUAUAUCUGCUCGGACAUUCAAGUGAUUUAACUUUAAUCCAUAGGCUCCAAAAGGAAGCAUCUGCAUAUGGCGACAUACUCCAGAUUGGAAUUAAGGAGUCGUACGGACUUCACGUCACUAAGAAGAUAUUGAUGGGGUUCAAGUGGGCGAGGGAGAAUUGCCCUGGGACGCAGCAUGUGAUGAAAGUGGAUGACGAUGUGUUUGUCGAUCUACCGCAAGUCCUUCAUAGACUUCAGUCCCCAGAAUGGUCAUCGGCAUUGUGUGGACACGUUGUGCUUCUGUCUUUGACUCGUAGGACAGGAAAGUACCAUUUAAGUUUCCAAGAAUACCCUUACAUUCUGAUACCUCCUUACAUACUUGGAUACUUCUAUGUUAUGCCUAUGGACAUUGCCUCCAAGCUUGUGGAUGCUUCAGAAUAUGUGCCUUAUCUGAGAAUGGAGGAUGUUUAUAUCACGGCAAUAUUGUCCAGAAUCAUUAAGGUGCAAAUCAAAGGAUUUCAGACAUUUUUCUCUGACAGGAAUUAUGACGUUGAUGUAUGUGAUUUUGUGACUAAAAAACGUGAAGUAAGUGUGGAUGUGAGUCCUGACAAGAUGUACCUGGUGUGGAGAACGUACAUCGAUGACGGCAUAUGUAAAUAGGUGUGAAGAAAAUGCUUCCUGGUAAUGUUUCAUAUUUGUGACCACAAUCAAUUCACGAUCUCCUACCCGUGAAGAUCCGGGUUAGAACUGAUCUUCAGCAACCCAUGCUUGCCAGUGAAAUGGGAUCGAGAGGUCAGGAUUACUGACUUGUGGGACACAUCAUCGUAUCCCGAUACGUAGACCGAUGCUCAUGAUAUCAAUCACUGAAUUGUCUGGUCCAGACUCGAUUAUUUAAGGACCCCCGUCAUAUCUCUGGAAUAAGUGCUGAGUGUGACAUUAAACAACAAACAAUACAAACCCAACAAACGAUCAUAUUUUUCAACCAACAAACAAAAGACACAAUCUCUUCCGGCUCGAUUCUGUGCAAUAACGUGUUCUUGUUUCCCCGUGGGAAUGGGGGCGGUGGGGUAGCCUAGUGGUUAAAGCGUUCGCUCGUCACGCGGAAGACCAGGGUUCGAUUCCCCACAUGGGUUCAAUGUGUGAAGUUCAUUUCUGGUGUCCCCCGCCGUGAUAUUGCUGGAAUAUUGCUAAAAGCGGCGUUAAACUACACUCACUCCCUCCCUUGGGAAUGACCAAAUUGUUUAUAUUGACCGAAAUACGUUUGGAACAAUUGAUUCCUUAUCAACAGAACGACAUGCAUACAACACUUCUGUUAUUUCACAUCCCAGCCCACAUACACGAUAUACCACCAUAGUCCUGCGAUACACAAGAAUCUCCUCUUACAGAUAAACUGGAUCAUAUUUAUUUACGGCUGAUCUUCGAACAAUUUAAGGGGGCGGUGGGGUAGCCGAGUGGUUAAAGAGUUCGCUCGUCACACCGAAGAUCCGGGUUCGAUUCCCCACAUGGGCACAAUGUGUGAAGCCCAUUUCUGGUGUUCCCGCCGGGAUAUUGCUGGAAUAUUGCUAAAAGCGGUGUAAAACCAUACUCACUCACUCCCUCACACGAACAAUUUAAGAGGGAAGGGAUAUUAGCAUUGUCUAUGUCCAAAUAUUGUAUUAAU